ACAUACCUGUUUAUGGCCAAAAGGGUAAUAAGAACUGGCGCAGCUGCUACAGAAGAGCAGAGGAUUUGUACCUAAAGCUUGGGCCUCUGCUUAUUAGGGGUCUCGUUCGCUGGAUUAGCCAAUUUAUAGCUAAAUCUCGAGGUAUCCCUAAUAAGCAAAGGUCUCGCGGAUUUACCCAAUUGGUAGGUAGACGAUUGAUUCUCUGUGCAACAGGUAAAUCCUUUUUGUCCUAUAAAAACCUGGCGAUAAAUGCAAAUGGACAUCAGUUCCUUGCCAACAGUCCAACUAUGAAGUACCACAGCGUAAUGAACAAACGGAAGAGCAGCAAGACACCCUCGCCAGCCAGGAGGGAAUCAUCAGCCAUCAUCUCUGAGGCGAAAACCAACCAGCAUUUCGAUGGACCCAUGUCUUAUGGGGCCUUGGAAAUGGAGGCAGCCGCCGCACUGCUCUUGCUUCGCUAUCAGUAUGACAGACAGUCGAUGCCAUUGAACUCCACAGCGGUGACACGUUCACCCACACCGCCGCAUCUACUCGCGGACAAGCGCACGCCCAAGGAUCAGACAGUGCGCACUCCGGACUCUGUGCAACCGCUGAAGAAGCGUUCGAUACCCACGCAUCUGCUGAGACGCUCCCUGACGCCAGCCAAAUCGAAUACCAGUGGAGGAUCAUCAUCGAUUGUGAAGGCCAAGUCGCGUUUGACGCCUGUGCCACGCCGCAUCGACAAUGACUGCAACAAGGUGCUGCUCAAGUCCUGUCGCAAUAUGAUACGAGAGUUUCUGGACAAUCAAGAACUUAUCUAAGGUGAAGGUAGAUGCAUCGAUGAUCCAUAGGAUCUCCAGUGUAUAUCAUUUUUU